AUUAUGCUCAAUUAAAAAAGUAUGCCUACUAUAGACGAACUACUGCAUUUCAUUCCUGACCAAGCCACAAGAAAUCCAGACCUGCCAUUGUCAAAAUCUUAAGACGCCAUGGAAGAACCUCGCAUGCACAUAGCAAUGUAUGUCUGGCUAGCUAUGGGCCACAUAACCCCAUGUGUUCAACUCGCAAACAAGUUAGCCAAAAGAGGACACAGAAUCUCCAUCUUCAUCCCCACAAGAACACAAUCCAAAUUACAGCAUCUGAAUCUUCACCCUCACCUCAUCACCUUUGUCCCCAUCACUGUUCCUCACGUUGAAGGCCUUCCUCUCGGUGCAGAAACAACCUCGGACGUGGAUCGAUCUCACCACCCCAUUCUCAUGACUGCCAUGGAUCAUACAGAGAAACAAGUCGAGCAUCUCUUGGUUCAGCUAAAGCCCAACAUUGUUAUCUUCGACUUUACACACUGGCUGCCAGAUCUGGCUCGACGAUUGGGAAUCAAGUCGGUUCAAUACUCUGUUACUGGUUUAUUACCGUCAACUUUUUCAGCAUACAGAGAAAUGCAAGGCCAGGCAAGGAAUAAUCCAUCUGGGUUUCCUGAUUUGUCGUCUAUUAUAAGGCUUCACAAGCAUGAGGAAAAAUCCUUUCAGAGUGUCAAGGAAUUAGAGUUUGGAAGUGGUGUUCUAUUCCUUGAUCGACUUCAGAUGGGCUCACGCUCAUCAGACGUAAUUGCGUUCAAAAAUUGUAGAGAAAUAGAGGGUCCUUUUGUGGACUUCAGAGAAAAAGCUGGGGAGAAACCUGUUUUGCUGUCAGGACCUGUUAUACCAGAGCCACAAACUUCUCCUUUGGACCCAGAAUGGGAUCACUGGCUGGGAGGAUUCAAGCGUGGUUCUGUUGUUUACUGUGCUUUUGGAAGUGAAUUCAAUUUAGAGCCUGGUCAAUUCCAAGAAUUGGUGCUGGGUCUUGAGCUAUCAGGGAAGCCAUUUUUGGUAGCAGCGAAAGCUCCAAAAGGAUACGAGUCAGUAGAAGCGGCUCUUCCAGAGGGAUUUGAAGAAAGGGUCAGAGGAAGAGGAAUAGUGCAUGGAGGCUGGGUUCAGCAGCAGCUAAUAUUGGAACACCCAUCAGUGGGUUGCUUCAUUACUCACUGUGGUGCUGGUUCUAUGUUAGAAGCACUGCUCAGCCAAUGUCAGCUUGUGUUACUCCCCACCGCUCUUAUUGAUCAGGUCUUCAAUGCAAGAAUGAUCAGCCAAAGCUUCAGAGCCGGUGUUGAAGUGAAGAAAGGAGAAGAAGAUGGGCUCUUCACAAAAGAGAGUGUCUGUGAAGCAGUGAAGGCUGUGAUGAAUGAAGAGAGUGAGAUUGGUAAAGAGGUCAGAGCAAAUCAUGCUAGACUCAGAAACAUCUUGCUCACCCCCAACUUUGAGUCCAGUUAUAUUGAUAAUUUUUGUCACCAGCUUCAAGAUUUGCUCAAAUCAUCAUGAUUCAUGUUCAUCAUCAAGUGGGGAAGCAGUAUUAGUCUGGCUAAAUUAAUGCCAAGCGUGUGUGAUGGUAGUUUACAUAUGCACCCAAGGAAUGCACAAUUAUAAUAAAGUGCUUGAUUUAGACAAUUUCGAUCCCUCCUGUAUAAAUAAAAUUAUGUUUACCUUCGAUCCCUCCUAUAAAUAAAAUUCUGUUAAUGAGAA